AUGGCAAUCACGCAGUUAAUCGAGCCGCAGCCGCUGCAGACUAGUAGGGUUGCGCUAAACGACGUUAAGAAGAGCCUCCUAGUGGCGCUCGGGAAGCUCAACGAUCGCGACACGCAGCAGAACGCGGUCGGGGAUCUGCAGAAUAUCGUGGAGUGCCUGCCGCCUGAAGGCAUUCCCGUCUUCCUCUCCUGCCUCUACGAGACUGACAGCACCCAUCGCACGUUCGUCCGGAAAGAAUGUCUCAGGCAAUUCGCCAUCCUUGCGAUGACCUUCGGCCCGCUCCUGUCGCCGCACCUUCCCAAGAUCGUCGCAGCCGUCGUCCGUCGCCUGCGCGACCCCGAGUCCACCUUAAUUGAAUCCUGCGCAGAAGCCAUGUCGACACUAGUUCAGCACGUUCCCCCACCUCCCCACGAUACCGUCCCCGGAGCUAUUCCCGUCGGCGGCUUCGGAGCCAUGGGCGUUUACGUUCGGCCGCUCCUCGACACGCUCGGCGAGCAGAGCCGAAACUCGCAGGCAGGUGCGGCGAUCUGUCUCGACCGCGUCUUCCGGGCUGCCCGGGAGAAAAUGGAGCCGAGCGCGGCGCGCGUGCUGAUGCGAGCGAACGGCAUGCUCUCGCGGCAAGGGUUUCAGGCGAAGGCGCAGCUUCUGGGCGCCGUUGCGAGCCUUGCCGAGGUGUGCGGGGAAUCCAUGGGCGCGCAAGUGCCCGUGCUGGUAUCCGCCGCGACCGCCGCCGUGGCGUCCGCGGACUGGGCCACGCGCAAGGCGGCGGUGGACCUGCUGGGGCAGCUCGCCAUCAACCUGCCGGCGGAGUUUCUGGGGGAGAGCCGCGCGGCCGUCAUGAAGGCGCUGGACCAGUGCAAAGGCGAUAAGGUGAAGAAUGUGCGUGAUUCCCUGGCGCAGGCGAAGCAGGCGUGGGCGUGUGUGGAGUGGGAGGACCCGCCCGCAGCCGGGCAGCACCAAGUGCUGUCCGUGCCGUCCCUCUCGUCAGAAUCGGCGGCGACUGUAGUGCAAACUCCGUCGCUGUCCUCUGCUGCUGUUGUUGGCAGCGCAUCAGGAAGGCGCGCCAGUUUCUCACCUGGUGCAGCAGAAAACGACAAAAGCAUUGGCAGCCGCUCAUUCAAGCUUCAAGGCCACUCGUCCUCGCUUGUAACAGACCCGUUUGAAGACGCUCGAGACGCAGCAGAUGCAGAAGAAGCAGCAGCUGCAGCAUCAGCAGCAACAACAGCAUCAGUAUCAGCAGCUACAGCAGCAGCAGCAGCAGCUGCUGCCAGUGUGACCCCUGCUGUGAAGCGGGGAGGAGUGAGCGGCAUGCUGGCACGCACCUUCAGUGGGCUGGGCCGAGCUCGAGCUAAGGAAGCAACAGCAAGUGCUGCUGCUGUAGGAGUGGCAGGAGCAGGAGGAGGAGCAGGAGGGGAGGGAGGAGAAGAGGGCGGAAUGAAAAUCGGACUGAGCAAAGGGGGGAUUGGGUCCCACGCAUGGGCUCCAGAAUUAUCUCAGUCGAAACCCAGAGAAGCUUCCAAAGGAGAAGCUACUAACGCGGAUAAUGGAGCUGGAGAGAAGGCUGCUCGGCCUAAGUUUGAGCGGCAGCCGUUGCGAGGGAACCCACUGUUUUUCAAGAAGGCGGGCGCAGGGGGGAAGGCUGGGGGAGGUGACGACUGGUCCGUGGAAGUGAUGGUUCCUAAAUCGAAGGCCGGGGCAGUGGGGGAGAAGGGUGACAGUAACGGGGGGCCAGGUGAGGGCAGUGGAGGGAAGAAGGGUGAUGGGAGGGGUGAUGGGAGGGGAGAGGGAAGGCAGGGGGCAGGGGCAGGGACAGGAGCAGGUGCGAAAGAGAGUCGAGCGCAAGCGGAUGGGGCGAAGGCGCGGAGGCAUUCGGCUUCGGGGAUUGCUGCCCUCAAGGCUGCGGCCGCUGCUGGUGGGAGAGGCAAGGAGGGCGCAGGGGGCUUGAAAGGAGCAGGAGCAGGGAGCGAUUGGAAUGUGGAGAUUCUAGUGCCUAAGACACGUGGCGGAUGGGGCAAGGGCGGUGGCGAGUCAGAGGAGAAGCGGGAGGUGGAUGGAGAAGGAGUGAAGGAAAUGAAGGGAAGGGACGGUUCGGACAAGGCUGACUUGCAGCAGGAUGAGGUGGCGCCGAGUGCGAUCCAACAGCAGCAGCAGCAGCAGCAGCAGCAACAGCAGGAGCAGCAGCAGCAGCAGCAACAGCAGCAGCAGCAGCAACAGCAGCAACAGCAGCAGCAGGAGCAGGUCCAGCAUCAGCUGCAGCAAUACCAGCAGCAGCAGCAGCAGCACCAGCAGCAGCAACAUCAGCAGUAUCAGCAGCACCAGCACCAGCAGCAGCAGCAGCCGUACCGUAAUCAGCAGGUGCAGGAGCGAGUGGAGGAGAGGAACGAGGACGAGAAGCAAGAUUAUCUGCACCACAUGCUUCGAGAGGUAGAGGGAGAGAAGGACACAGGAGGGAAUACUGAACCCAGUGGUGCUUAUAACAGGGGGCAGGAGGAGGGAGUGGGGGGUGUUAUCAAUGCUGCGGGAGGGCCUGCAGCGAGUUAUGCUACUGGGUUGGAGAGUGAGGAGGAAAGGGAGGAGGAAGAGCGGGAGGUGGGGAGAGAGUGUGAGGAGGAAAAGGCACCAAAAGUGGAGAAGCGCGGCGAGGAGUCUCAAGGCGCAGAGAAUGACGCUUAUGGUUCUAGCGAGUCUGACAAUGACGAGGAUGGGAAUCAGCGGGAAGGUAGGGCAGGCGAAUGGGAGGAGAGGAAGGGGCGGAAGGCAACAGGGGGUGGUGAUGCCUUGGGAAGGCAGAAGUGGAGCAAGGGCAGGAACAGAUGGAAGGACGGUCAUGGGCAGGGGCAGGGGGUGGGGGAGACAGAGGAGAAGAAUAGGAAGGGGGAAGAGGAGGCGGGUAGAAGGGGCAGGGGCGUGGGGAAUACGGGGAGGGGAGAAGGGGGAGGGGCGCUGCGCCAAUCGUAUGACUGGGGGGGCGCGGGGAAGGCUGGGAGGGGAGGCAAGGGUGGGGGAAGAAAGGAGGGAGUGAGAGAGGCGGAAGAGAGGGGGAAGAGAGUGGAUGGGGUUGGGAGAAGGGAGAGGGGAACGUGGGGAGAAGGAGGCGGUGGCAUGAGGAGGAGUAAUUCUUGGAGCAGUAGUCUGUCUGUUGAGGCCACCGGUGGAGGGAAAGCUAGGGUCGUGCAGGGUAAAGGAGGGUGGUGGGAUGGGGAGGAAGAGGAGGGUGAGAGGGUGGAGAGAGGGCGAAUGAGGAGAAAGGAGGGUAGGGAGGAUGGGAGGGGGAGGAGGAGGUAUGGGUCACUGAGCAGUCAUUUGUCUUCAAGCGAGGAAGAGGAGGAGGAUUAUGGGGAGUCUUUUCCUCGUGCUCGUAUGAGGCGCGGGUGGGCUAAUAACGAGGAUGCUAUGGAUUCGAGUCCGAAAGGAGGCCGCAGAGACGGAAGGUCCGGUGUUGGGAAGGGUGUGAAGCAGCAGCAGAGGCAGGGCGACACGUGGCAGAAGCAGGAGGUGACACGCCAGGAGGAGAAGCUUGGGCGGAGGAGGCCGCAGCAGAGUCAGCACCAGGGGCAGCAGCACCAGUCGAGGCAGAGCGGGUUGAAGAAGGCGGAUGGAGAGCAAAUGCAGAUUAGACGCUCCUAUGACUUGACAUCUGUGGCGGAGGCAGUGGAGGCAGAGGUGCAGAGACUGAGGCAACGAGUGGCUGAUAUGGAGCGGCAGCAGGACAGCUACCAGGGCAUGGUGGAGGGUUUCAUGAGCGCUACCAGGCGGACUAUGGAUAGUCUCGAGCUGCGAAUGCUUUCCCUUGAAGGCUCGCUCUCUACUCUAAAGUCCCUGCACCAGCAGCAGAACCAGCACGAGCAGCAGCAGCAGCUGGCAUUAGCCGAGGCAGAAGCGGUGCAGCUGCAGCAGCAGCAGAUUCAGCAGGCUUACCACGAGCAGCAGCAGCAGUUGCAGCAGGUGAAGCUGUCAUAUUUGGAGCAGCAGCACCAGCAGCAGCAACAACUAGCACUGAGAACCACACGAGCCAUGCACAGUGUUGCUGCUUCUCCAGUGGUAGCUCCUCUCCCUUGGACCUCCAAUGCUGCUGCCUCCCCCUCACCCCACGCUGUCCCCACCUCUCCUCACCCCAUCUCCACCUCCGCCCUCCCUACCAUGCCCUCCCCUUACCUCCCUGCUCGCAUUCGCACCACUGCUGGUGGUGACAGCAGCAGGGGGCUCACCCCUGGACGAAGGCUGUCGUUGCAGGGAGGAGGAGGGAUGGGUGGGAUAGGGAGCAACGCAGGGGGGAUAGGCAGUGGGUCUGGUGCUGGUGGUUACAUGCAGGCACAGCCAUUCUUGGGUGGGCUUGGUGGUAUUGGAGCAGGGACUGAAGCAGCUUAUAUGGAGGAUGAUUAUGCUGCGGCUGCUGCAGCUGUGGCCGAAGCAGCAGCGGCGGCAGCAGCAGCUGAGACGGCACACGAGCUCAAGGCCGGGGGGUUCGAGGGUGCUUAUAAAGAGGUGCUGAAGGCUGCAGAUGCAGGUGCCAUGGUGCGGCUGAUGGGCCGAACCGGUCCUGUGCUGGGGCAUCUGUCGCCUGAUACUGGGGCGGAGGUUAUACGGCGCAUGGUGGAGCUGCUUAUAAGGGGGACGUCGGUGGAGUACCUCCUGCCGUGGGUUCGGCAGGUGAGGCGAUGGGAGGGCGUGAUGUGCUAUGCUGAGAUGUGUGCUGUUGGUGCUAGACAUAUUGACGGACGAGUCAUCUUUCCCAUAUGGAGCAGAGGGCCCGGCAGUGGAUGGGCAUCUGAAGCACCCCACGUGCUUACACCCUCCUUUUCUCCCCCCGCCCUAUUCCCCGCCCAUCACCCCCAGCUGCUGGACAUAAUGACGGACGAGUCAUCUCUCCCGUACGGAGCAGAGGGUCCGGCAGUGGACGGGCAUCUGAAACAGCACGUGCUGGCAGCGCUGCAGCAGGUGGUGGGCGCCGAUGGGGGCAACUGGGUGGGGCGAUCAGCAGGCGACUACCGGCGACAGCUGGCUGAUGCAUGGGGCAUGUGA